GGUCCGAGUUCUCUCUCCCUUCCAUGAUUAACUUUUCUACACUUUGUGCCCCUUUCAUUUCACUCUUCAUUUUUCAGAGUGGUCUCCUCUGCAACUAGCUUUCAUUUCCUCUUCCAGUUUUCACAGUUCACAGUGGUUUUCCCUAGACCUUUCUUUUCGAUCUUGGUGGUUUCCAAUGGCUUUGAGCACCCACAGGGCCUCCUCAUCUCGUGCUUGGGCUGAACCACCUCCCCAGUGGAAUUUCGAUGUUUUCUUGAGUUUCAGGGGUGAAGACACCCGCACGGGUUUCGUCUCCCAUUUAUACCGCGAACUGCAGUACCGGCAAGUAUUCAAGACUUUCAAGGACGACCGAGAGCUUGAAAUCGGAGCUAGUAUAUCUCCAGAGCUCUUGAGGGCAAUCGAACAAUCACAUCUCGCCAUCGUUGUUCUCUCACCCAACUAUGCUUCUUCCACUUGGUGCCUGGAUGAACUUUCCAAAAUUAUCGAGUCCAUGGAAACCGGAGAUAAGAGAAUUCUGCCGGUUUUCUUUAAUGUGGAUCCAUCCGACGUUCGACAUCAAAGGAGCAGCUUUGCUGAAGCCUUUGCUAAGCAUGAAGUAAAGUUCAGUAACGACCCAGAGAAGGUGGAGAAGUGGAGAGAGGCUUUAAGAAAAGUGGCCAAUCUCUCUGGAUGGGAUGCAAAGAAUUAUAAAUGUGAAAGUGAGCUUAUAGAAGUCAUUGUGAAACGUGUGUGGGAGAAAGUGCUUCCUACGAUCACAUUGUCAGAUUCCAAAGAAAAGUUUGUCGGAAUUGAAUUUAUACUCAGGCAAAUGGGUUUGCUUUUAGCUCCUGAGGAGAAGGAUGUUCGAUUUAUAGGAAUAUGGGGUAUGGGUGGAGUGGGUAAGACUACCCUUGCUAGGCUAGUGUUCGAGAGAAUUUCCCAUCAUUUUGAAGUGGCUGAGUUUCUUGUUGAUGUCAGGAAGCGUCCACUAAUCGAUCUUCGAAAACAGGUUCUUUCCCCACAUGUUUCACUAGUUUGGAAUGAGAACGAAGUAACCAAAUUUAUUGGAAAAUUCCUGUCUAAUAAAAAGGUUCUUGUUGUUGUUGAUGAUGUUGAUAGCUGUGACCUCCUAGAAAAAGUUGCUCUAGAUAAAUCUUGGUUUGGUGAUGGAAGCAGAAUCAUUGUUACAACUAGAGAUAAACGUGUGCUCGUCGAGAAUGAUAUAAAACUAUCAGUUGAGCUAGUGGGGCUAAAUGUCAGUGAUGCUCUUGAGCUCUUUAGUCACAAAGCCUUCAAAAAAGAUCAGCCAGAGGAAGGGUUUUUAGAGCUUUCCAAGAGUUUUGUAUAUUAUUCCAAAGGGCUUCCAUUAGCUCUUAAAACUCUGGGAAGUUCUUUGUAUCAGAGAAAGCUAGAGGAGUGGAAUAGUACAUCGGAGUCACUAAGGAGAAUUCCUAAUCCGACAAUUUUCGAUUCGCUCAAAUUAAGUUAUGAUGCCCUGAAUGAUCUGCAACGGAAGAUGUUCUUGGACAUUGCAUUCUUCUACAAGGGGGUGAAGAAGGGGCGAGUUAAUCAACUGCUAGAAUAUUGUUAUGGCUAUAAUUGUCUUAUUGAGAUAAAUGUUCUUAUCGAGAAAUCUCUCUUAACUAUUGAUCAGAACGACAAUGUUGGGAUGCAUGGUUUGAUAGAAGAAAUGGCAUGGGAAAUUGUUCGUCAAGACUCUCGCGAGGAGCCUGGUCUUCGCAGCCGUUUGUGUCAUCGUAAGGACAUCUUUCUUGUAUUCACGGAAAAUACGGGAACAGAUGCAAUCAAAGGCAUACGGUUAUGUUUACCUUGUUUAGAAGAGGCAGAUUCAAGCUGGAAUUUUGAAUGUUUCUCUAGGAUGACCAAACUAGAGUUUCUUGAAUUUGAUAAUUUAAUAAUUAGUUCAGUCCCCAAAUUCCUCCCAGAUUACUUGAGAAUUCUCAUAUGGAAUUGGUAUCCUUCCAAAUCUCUUCCAGCUAGUUUCCAGCCAAGUAUGCUUGCUGUACUGGAGAUGCAAAGAAGCAAUCUUGUCCGGCUUUGGGAUGGAAGACAGGACUUGCCUAACUUGAAACGUAUGGAUCUUGGGGAGUCCAAAAACUUGAAGGAGACCCCAGAUUUCACAGGUAUUCCAAAUCUUGAGGAGUUGUAUCUUUUAAAUUGUGACGGUUUAGUUAAGGUCCAUCAAUCCAUUGCAGUCCACAAGAAGCUUAAACGGUUGAGACUUGAUCGAUGUAAAAAUGUUAAGAGUUUCCCACGUAAGAUUGAAAUGGAUUCUCUCGAGCAUCUCAACCUUUGGGAAUGCUCAAAAGUAAAGAUUCCAGAAUUUGGAGAAGGGAUGAAAAAUUUGUCAUUCAUUCUCGCACGUGGGACCGCUACUGAGGAACUACCUUCAUCAAUUGAACAUCUGGUUGGCCUAACUGGUCUGUGCAUACGUGAUAGCAAAAGUCUCCAGAGUCUCCCGGGUACGGCAAUUUUAAAACUGAAGUCUCUUGAAAUACUCAAUAUGCGUGGAUGCCCAAAGCUUAAGAAAUCUGUAGAAAAUAUGUGGGAGACAGUGUCUGAAAAACCGCCAGCCUUGCGACGUUUAUCAUCUAUGAAAAGGAAGCGUAUGGGCCCUACGGGCUUAUGUAAAAGAAAGAGUCCAGAGCAUUUGUGCUUGUCGCCAACUCCAAGGGCUUUUCCGUCUUUGUCCGCGUUAUGUCUAAAUGAUUGUAAUCUGUGUGUUAUCCCCGACGAUAUUGGCUACUGCUUUCCAUCUCUAUCUUACUUGACACUCGCUGGAAAUAAUUUUGAUAGUCUUCCUGCAAGCAUUAAAUGCCUUUCGAAGCUUUGGCACAUUGAUUUGGGGAGGUGCAAAAGGCUUGAACAAUUACCGGAUCUCCCAUUGAAUGAUUACUUAGACGUAUAUGCAGACGAUUGUGAUUCCUUAAAAAUGUUGUCAGAACCAUCACAGCAGGGCAGAUUCCCCAAAUUGAUGCACUUUAAUUUACGUGCUGCCAAUUGCUUUAGAUUGAUUGACAAUGAAGGCUUGAAUAAUGGAAUAUUUUCAAUGCUAAGGAGAUUGGCCGCUCAGGGGAUCUCUCCCGAUUUUCUUCACUCAUUCGAAUACCACUACCGUAAGUCAUUCGAUAUUGUAAGUCCUGGAAGUAAAAUUUCAGACUGGUUCGAUACUCAAAGCGAAGGAGAUUCAUUGACUGUGGAACUGCCUCCGGAUCGGGAAUCAUGUACAUCAGAGUUGAUGGGCAUUGUGUUUUGUGUUGCUUUUUCCGGUAAGAAAGAUCCUAUCGCUCUCGAGGCUCCUAGAUUGGCAAUUCGAUGUUUUUCGACUCGGAUUGUUACCGAUCACGCUUUACCAAACCAUCAGAUUGUUAUCGAUCAGCAUUUAUCAAAACAUACGAUGGGAGAUCAUCUUUGGGUGUUUUUUAUCGGUCGUUGUCAAAUCCAGGAUACCACAAGCUGCUCUAUUAGGUUCUCAUUCAGGCUUUAUCACGGGAUUAAUAAUCCUAUUCCAUGCUCGUAUUGUGUGAAGAGCUGUGGGGCUCGAUUGUUGUACGAGCAAGAUUUGAAAAACCUCCUCAAUGGAACAACCAACAUCUUGUGAAUAUUGUGACAAGGACGAAGCAGAGGAAGGGGAAGGUCCAAGAUGUGCAAUUGCAAGUGGUAGCCCUAACAAAGAAUCAUUUUUCAAAAGACUCAAGGCAUGAAUACUAAUCGAUCUAUGGGAGGAACUACCUCUUUCUGGUUCUGAUUCUUGUACAGCUAGGCUGCUAGUGGUCUCUUUGGCGACAAUGGUCUUCCUCUAUUUUUCCUUUCAGUACUUGAGGAGCCCAUCCACCACAAGAUUUGUGGCGCAUUGGCCAGGGCUAUCUCUGUCUCCGUUAGGAUGCCUUGUUGAUGUUGUGAAGACAAGGCUGAUCAAGAUGUUGCUUUGGUUGGUUUGAAAUUUCUCUUCCAUAUUCCAUUUCAUUUGUUGUCCUCAUUCCUUCUAACUGCUCACAUUCAUUCCUACAAAUAGUAAAUAUUGUUGCAAUUUUUAGUGUCCUGUAAAUUAAUUUUCCAAGAGUAAUGAGUAGAAGACUAGAAGUAGAAGUCUAAGACCAUGAUCCAAUUCAAUACUUUCUAUGUUCUCUUUCACGAAAUGUUAAUGCAUAAUGCCCGUGAGAUAUCAUUACAUUCUUUA